AGAAACUGGUGUGAUGGCCUUACAGAUAUCAACCAAUAUUUCUUGUGAGGCUUAAUAUUAUUUUUCUCAAUUUGGCUCAGGAGCAAAGAACUUCUCGUUAGUGGACACAGUGCGCCGUAAAAAAUGUAUUACGAGCAGGUUUAUCGCUUUCAUCUUAUCUGACGCGGAAAUCAUUGGUGUAUGCUGUUAUGAUCCAUACAUCAGACAACAUACAGACAGAGCGGUGAUGAGGUGCACUGAUAUAUGUUUGUAUUAUUGUUUAUAUUGUUUUCUGUUCGCGUAUCAUGUGACGACAUGCAUAUUGAUGUUAAAGUUCUCCUACAUAUUCAUUAUUCACUUGCGAUUUGUGGCGUCAGUGUCGUGAUAUCAUCUUUUCAGGGCACUGGCGACUGAGAGAGUGAGGCGAGCGGACGACCGGAGCGAGCUUCAUGGAGUUAUAAAUAUUUGAUUCACAGAACCGAUCAUCGGCCAUCACCCCAGAUGCAUGUUGAUCAGAUUAACAGGAUGGAGACGACGCUUGGACGAGCUACGGACGAAGGAUUCCAUGAAAACCUUUCCGAGGCAAAGACAGACAAAGACGACCCGCUGGCGGCCGCGACGACCUUCGAGGACCUGAUGAGGGUGGCGAGUCCACGCGGCCGCUGGGCCCUCAGGGUGGUGGUGCUUUGUGCCCUCGGCAACCUGCCCGGGCCGUCCAGCUCCAUGACCUACCAGCUGGUGGGCGCCACACCCGACCACUGGUGCCGCGUGGCGCCGCUGCUCCGGGCCAACUGGACGGACCAGCAGAUCAUCACCUUCGCCAUUCCCACCAGGAACGACUCUGAGCACCUGGAAGGCUGCGUGAUGCGGGACUACAGAUACGAGGCCGCCGCCACGCUGGGCUACGAGGCUACCCUGGCCAACGCCUCGCUGCUGCUGGCCUCCAACGACACGCUCGCCUGCCCCACCCGGAGCUUCAACCACUCCCAGCACCAACACACGUUUGUUACCGAGUGGGACCUGGUGUGUGGCCGGCGGUACCUGUACUCUAGCAGCCAGGCUGCCGUCUACUUGGGGAGCUUGUUUGGCAGCCUGCUGGCCAGCCUGGUCUUGAAUAUCACGGGCAGGCGGCCGGCCGUGAUCGUCUCCUGCGUCCUGAACAUCGCUCUGAGCUUCGUGCUGGCCGCGGCCCCAAACAUCACAGUCUACAUCAUACUGAAGGGAGUAAUUGAGACCUUGCAGUGCUUGAUUUACAUCGCUACAUUUAUGAUCGCCAUGGAGGUCUGCGCCCCGUCACAGCGUAACUAUGUAGGGGCCCUGUUCAUGCUGCCCUGGUCCGUGGGCUGCAUGCUGAUGCCGGGCAUCGCCUACCUGGUGCAGCCGUGGCGGUGGCUGCAGGCCGUCUACACCGCCCUCUUCCUCGGCACACUCGCCUACAUCUGGGUGCUGCCCGAGUCGCCGCGCUGGCUGAUCCACAGCGGCCGCCACGGCGAGGCGCUGCGGCUCCUCCGCCGGGCGGCGAUCGCCGACGGAGCGACGCUGCCUCCAGACGAUCGUCUCCUGGCCGCCAUGGCGACCAUCAUGCGGAGGGAAAGACCCCGCGCCGCCGCCGCGUGUCCCGCCGAGCCCUCCCGCAGCUGCCUGCGCCGCGCCUACCGCUACCUCCUGGCGCUGGUGCUGACACCCGGCCUGCGACCCAAGGCCGCCGUGGUGUUCUACCUGUGGACCGUGGCGGGGACGUCUUACUAUGGCCUGAGUCACAACGCUAAGAUUCUCAGCACCGAUGUGUAUCUGCACGCGUUCCUGGUGGGGCUGGUGGAGGUGCCGGCCCUGCUGUGCCUGUGGCCGGCCAUAACCUACCUGGGCCGUAGGAAAACCCUCGCCUUCCUGCUCACGGUGUGCGGCGCGUCUGUGGCCCUCAUGACGCUGCUCAUGGUGAUCCGCCAGGAAGUACCGGACGCCGUGAAGCUGCUGCUGUCUCUCAACAGCAAGAUGACCAUGACGGCCUCGUACCACCUGAUCUGGGUGUUCACGGUGGAGCUCUUCUCCACCACUAACAGAGUCCGCUUGCUGGGCGAGGCCAGCCUCGUGACCAGGGUGACCACGGUGACCGUGCCCUACAUCAACGACCUGCUGGGCGACGUGUUUCCCUGGGCACCCGGUGCCCUGUGCAGCCUGGCGGCCCUCGUCGCCGCGGGCCUGGUGUUCCUCCUGCCGGAGACCACCAACAGGAAGAUUACGCAGCAAGACGACUCCCGCCUCGACGCCCUCGAGGAGACAAGUCAGCGGUUCAUUGACGCAUAACACUGCUGCCUCAGGAGUGACCCAGGAAUGCUGCACGGGGAGGAGAGGAAGGCUGACUUGAACAAACUGAAUAUUUGUUGUUGAGUGGAUGUACCUGUGACCGGAUUGAAUGAAUCCAGUGAUGAAAAUAACAGCAGCAUUGUGCUGAUAUACAGUGGAUCCAGGGGGGGGGGCGGCUGCCCCCCCUUAGGACCUAAAUUGCGCCUUUUCAAAGAUUCACUGAGAUCUGGCGGUAUCAUUCCUGUGAACACUGCUACUAGCCCACUAAUUAUAAUGAUAAUAAUAACAAUACUUUUACUACUAUUACUAUUACUAUUACUACUAUAAAAAAACUACUACUACUACUACUACUACUACUACUACUACUAC